AUGGCAAGAUCGCUCAAGAAAUCAGCCAAGUUGAGUCUAAGACGAGUCCGGAUCAACUCACCGUCGAUUAGGUUCAAACCAGACUCGAGUUCCAUAGAGAGAGACCAAAGAAUCGAGUUUCUAGGCGAAAAUGGAGAUGAUGCCGGAUCAGGAGGAGAAGAAAACAAAGGCGCAAGCAGCGAAAGCGAAGAGACUGAAGACAAAGAAGAAGAAAAAACAGUCAAAGUAAUAUUAGAAGAAGAAGAGGAGAAAGAGCAAGAUGAUGGCAAGACCUUUGACAACGGAGGAGUAGAAGGAAGAAAAGAGGCGGUGGUAGCGGUUGAGACGGUUAAGGAGGAGGUGGCGGAAGGCGGGAACAGAGUAAUGGUGGUGGUGGAUAAAGCGCUUGCGUCUACCGGAGCUUUAGAAUGGGCUAUAACACAUACUCUACAACCACAAGACACUCUUUUUCUCUUAUACUUUGCAAAACCCUUUAGAAAAGGCAAAAGGAAGAACAGAAAACGUGAGGUGAAAACUGAUGAAUUAGUGCAUACUUUGAAGAAACUGUGCCAAACAAAACGGCCCGGAAUAGAAGUGGAGAUAAGGAGGCUAGAAGGAAAAGACAAAGACAAAGGAGGGAAGAUAGUUGAAGAAGCCAAGAAACAACAAGUGAGUCUUUUAGUGGUUGGGCAAGAGAAGAAACCUCCGGUAUGGAGGCUAUUGAAGAGAUGGGCUUGGAAGAGACGUCGUGGACACUGCGGUGUUCUCAAAUACUGUCUCGAAAACGCUUCUUGCAUGACCAUAGCGGUUAAACCCAAGAACCGCAGGCUCGGCGGUUACUUAAUCACCACCAAACGCCACAAAAACUUCUGGCUCCUCGCUUAA